UGUGGCUCUCUUUGCAUCCGAAGGUCCGCCCACCACAUUCACAAUCACACAGCAACACGGGAGACGGGACAAAGAAGCGGAACAAUCUGGUUUCGCAGACCGCAGGAAGCCAGGAACCCACUCCACGCCACGGGUAGCCAUCCAUCCUCCAUUCGUUGAUUUAUAUACGCGCACAGGGCAGCGCAUCCCAAUCCAAAAGCCAAGCGAGCGAGUUCCCAGUUCCGCUGCUCCAAUUCCACUCGGCAUGGCUCCGCAGGCGUGGGUCGUGGCGGAGAACGGCGAGGACCUCCAACGACCCAGGGAAUUCGUGCCUCUUUCUGAGCUCGAAGAUGUUGGCGUGUUGUAUUGGCAUUUGGACCCUAAGAAAUCUGAAAGCGAGGAGGAGCUAGCGAAAAUCCGCAAAGACAGAGGAUACAGUUACAUGGAUCUUAUUGAGAUAUGUCCCGACAAACUGGAAAACUAUGAGGAGAAGGUGAAGAACUUCUUCCGUGAGCACAUGCAUCCUGACGAGGAGAUCCGCUAUUGCUUGGAGGGCAGUGGGUACUUUGAUGUCCGUGACAAAGAUGACAAGUGGAUUCGGAUCUGGAUAAAGGAAGGAGACAUGAUCAUCCUACCAGCUGGAAUUUAUCAUCGAUUCACCCUUGACAGUGCCAAAUACACGAAGCUCAUGAGGCUUUUCAUUGGGGUACCUGUUUGGACAGCAUUUAACCGGCCUCAGGAGGACCAUCCGGCGAGGCAGGAGUAUGUCAAGAAUGUGAGUGCGGGCACUGGAUUUGCUCUUGCAGCACACUGAAUCUGUUUCUGCCUUUCCGGUUUAUACAAAUAUAUGAUCACUUGGAUUCAUGUACAUCAUAGUAUCAACAUAUGGUUAUGACAAAAGCGUGUUGUAUAAUCAGGAGUCAUGAAACCUUGAUGCAUGUUCAGGAGUCGUGAAACCUUGAUGCAUGUAUGCGUAUAAAACUGCAAAUUAUGGGAACGCACAGUAUGUGGUCUUUCCUUACGGUGAUUUUUCUGGUA